GCCUUUUCGAACCCUCUCUCACCACAUCAUCCGCGCGGGCAGCAGCCUACAACUCUUCUAUUUGCUUUACCAACAACCAACAGCCCGUGUAUUUCUGCUGCCGCUUUCUCACACAUUACAUCAACCGCCAAAAUGGUUGUCGAUACUGCCUAUUACGACACACUCGGUGUCCAGCCCACCGCCACGGAGCUCGAGAUUAAGAAAGCAUACCGCAAGCUUGCCAUCAUCCACCACCCGGACAAGAACCCCAACGACCCGACCGCCCACGAAAAGUUCCAGGCUAUCGGCGAAGCUUACCAAGUCCUAUCCGACACCGAUUUGCGCAAAGCCUACGACAAGUUUGGCAAAGACCAUGCUAAACCUCAGGAGGGCUUUGCCGACCCGGCCGAAUUCUUCACAUCCAUCUUUGGUGGCGAUGCCUUUGUCGACUGGAUUGGUGAGAUCUCACUUAUGAAGGAUCUGACCGCCACUAUGGAUAUCACCAUGAACGAGGAGAUGGAGCAGGCCGAGGCCGAGGCUGCCGCCGCUGCUGCUGCUUCCUCUGAAGCCCAGGAGGGCGCAAAGGAUGGAGAGUUCCCCGGCACUGAGGAGGCCCUCAAGGCCAGCAUGCAGGAUCAGGAGAAGCCUGCUGCUGCUGCCGCCGCUGCCCCUCCUCCCACCGUCGUCGUUGAAGAGGACAAGACCACCACCGCCGCGUCUCCCUCUCUCCCCCCACGAAGUGAUGCCAAGUCGCCCGCCCCUUCGACCGGCUCGUUUAGCCGCACCCAGAUUCCCCUCCGUCCUGCGCUCAUGGACAAAGCCCACGCCGAAUCCGAGACCGACCUGUCCGAGGAGGCCCUCAAGGCCAAGGAAAAGAAGAAGGCUGGCCUCACUAAGGAGCAGCGCGAGCAGCUCGCUGCCUUUGAGCAAGAGAGAGCCCGUGUCCGCAAAGAACGUGUCGACACAUUGUCCCAGAAGCUGCUUGACCGCCUCAGCGUAUGGACCGAGACUGAUAAGGGAGCUGACGUCACCAAGGCUUUCCAGGACAAGAUGCACCUCGAGGUUGAGAACCUCAAGAUGGAGUCCUUUGGUAUUGAUAUCCUCCACGCCAUUGGCCAAACAUAUGUCUCCAAGGGCUCCAACCUGCUCCGCAGCCAAAAGUUCCUUGGUAUCGGCGGCUUCUUCAGCCGUCUCCGCGACAAGGGAACCUUGGUCAAGGAUACCUGGAACACCAUCAGCAGUGCCAUUGACGCCCAGCAGACCAUGGAGGACAUGGCCAAGAUGGAAGAGAAGGGUGGCGAGGACUGGACUGAGGAGCGCCGCGUCGAGUACGAGCGCCGUGUCACGGGCAAGAUCCUGACUGCCGCCUGGCGUGGCAGCAAGUUUGAGAUCCAGAGCGUCUUGCGCGAGGUCUGCGACAAUGUCCUGAACGACAAGAAGGUGCCGCUUGCCAAGAGACUGGAACGUGCGCAGGCGCUCGUCCUCAUCGGUGACAUCUUCAACCGCUCCGCCCGCACUGCCGAGGAGGAGGGCGACUACCUCGUCUUUGAGCAGCUUGUUGCUGAAGCCGCCAUGAAGAAGGAAAAGGAGGAUCCCAAGAAGGCCAAGAAGGACAAGCACACUGCGGAAGCCGAGCAGGUGGCCGCCGAUGCACCCAACGUUCCCAAGCCAUCGGCAUAAAAGAACACACAAACUCCCCCGAAAAAAAAGCACGCCUCGCUCUUCCUUGCUCUCCCAUUCGACUCUCUUCACCACUCCUUAAUUAGUCUCGCCUCUUCUUCCUCCUCCGUACUCCUUGACACCCUUCUUUCUUCCCUGUACAGAGCGGGCUGCAAGCAUAAUCAGGUGUUUGUUUAUACAGUCGACCUUUGGUCGAUCACGACUAGAUGAUUAGAUCAGCAAAGCGGAUAUCUCUUUGAGCCACGCCCUUGGUCGCUUCACACGUUAUGAAGCAGACAGCAGCAGCAGUAGCCGUAAUAUUUUGUGCCCUUUUCUGUCCCAUUUACAUACUAAUUUGGACAAUGAAAAAGGCUGGAUUCACAGUUUGACAUUUGUUAGAUAGAUUAAAAAAACACUCCCAUCCACCUUUUGCUACCACAUAUACAACUCUUCAGUCUGUGACUUGUCCUCAUAGUCUCAAAGUCUCUUUAAAGUAUACAUCACAUGUACGUCAGCAAUUCAAAUAUGCAAAAAAGGUGUUUGUAGAUUGUUUCUUUCUGUAUCUAUUGUCUUCUUUUGACAGCUACCUCCGACGUUGCUGUAGUUUCUCGUCAUCAUGGCCUCCAGCAAAAGAGCGGUCGAAUGAAAGAAUAAAGUGUAAAAAAAGAAUGAUCUCCUAUAUAAACCAUGCCGUCCCCAAGGGUAUCUGUUAAUAUUACAUGUGUAUAGCGAAAUAAGGCCAAGCAAGGAUGGUGGGCAGAUGAAAGCAAACGACGCAGAGCCGUCGAGGCAAAGGGGUGUAAAUGGGUGGCAACAAAUGAAAAACACAAUGAAAGGCUCGUAAUGUCAAAAAUAAGGAUGCGGUAGAGCAGUUGCGCUCUGGUAAUGCGGUGCUGGUGCUUGCGAAUGGAAACAAUCAUCGCUGAUGACUGCAGGUAGACGUGAGAGUGGUGUUGGUGGCCAUCGUCCGGCGUCCUGGCCGUGACGUGCCGGUUUCUGCUUUCGAUAUAUGGCUGGGCAAACUACUGGGAUCCUUCGCCAGCUUGUAACUCUAUGCCGCUGUCGCGGUCUUGUGCUCCCUUCAUCCACGAUGGCUCAAGGCUCUGUUCUGAAGUUGGGGGUGGUGUCGUUUCGUUUGCAUGUGAGGCGUCUUCUUCUUCAUCCAGCGGUGUGAGAAUGCGGCCGCCGAAUUUGAUAUCUGAUACGUUGACCUUGUAGGCGAGAGCCUUUUGGCCUUCCUUGAUUAGCAGGUCAGUCCAGUUGAGGCAGCGUUUAAUGCUUUGGUUCAUCUUUUGGCUGUCAACAAGGAUUUCUUGGUGCUUUGUGAGAUCAAGCUGCAAACGACGUUCGUCACGCUUCCGUCUGAGCGCGGCUGGCGAUUCAACCAAGCCCGACGGCGAGUCGGGAGGCGAAUUGAAUGAAUCAUCCAUAGAGUCAUCAUCUUCCUCCUCGUCGGUUUCUUCAUGCUCACUGAGAUCGGAUAGGUUGAUAGCGGGGUCUGUCAACGCGGCAGAGACGUUUCGACUGUUAGGUAUCGAAUUGAGCGAUAGCCUGCCUGACCUAGACAGACGACGGAAGCGUCGUAGUUCCGAGGUUUGUUUUCGGAGCUGCCUUUCCAGAGUUCGGUUGAUGGCUUCCAGUGACGCAUUGGUGAUUUCCAAGUCUUGGACCUUGCGUUCACGUCUAGCAUUGACAACCAAGUCCUGAAUGGCAGCAUCUGAAAAGGUCGACUUUGUCGGGCUUUGCACGCCCGAUGGUUCGCUCUCCUUUUCUUCCAGAGCUUCUGCUGCUCGCAGAAUCGAAGCCAUGGUCAACGAUGCUUGGGAUGGAUCCGGGCUCAGUGGCGGUGAGAUUUGCUCCGAGGGGUUUGGAGACAAGGUAAGCUUCGGCAGGGGCGGUCGUUCCGUUAAUUGUGGUUCUGUUUGAUGCCGCAGCAAGGGCGGUGCGGUUUCGAUACUGAUUCUCCGUUUCCCCUUGCCCACUCCGAGGUCAGAGGCGGCAACGCCAGGCGGCGAUGUAGCUUGAACUCUGUUAGGUGAAACAGGCGACAUGGCAGUUCUGAAGCCUUGGCCAGGUGAUCCAAGCUGCUUGAUUGGUGAAGUUGGUCGAGGAAACAGUCCGGGGCCAGUAGUGACGGAAUAGGCGCUUGUUGGUCGGCUUGUUGGGGCGGGUCGUGAGGUAGUUGAAAGGGUAGAGGCGGAAGAAGAUAUAGGCGUUGGUUGUUUGACAGGGCCAUCUGGCUGUCCGUUGGCAUAAAAGAACUUGGAUGCUGAGCUGUCCGCCGUCAAAGGCGGCAUGUUUCCGAUCUGUGUGUUUGAGGGGGGACUUGUUCGUCUAGUGGGUUCGACUGUUCCGUUGGCGUAAAAGAACGUUGCUGGUUUUUGGGACGAUGUCGGGCGUUGCUGUGAGGGUUGAGACUGCUGCUGGACAUUCUUUGCAUCGCUUGCAUAAAAGAACUUGGAGUCAGCAGAGUCUGUAGACGAGUCUGCCAGCAUGCUCGUCGGGCGUGAUGCCGCGUCCGAUGGAGCGACAGUCAGGCCAAGACCAAGCCUGCUGCCACUACUGCUGUCCCAUCCAUCACUUGUUCUAUCGUUGGCAGCAGUUGGUGCUGGAGUCGGUGUUCCAUGGAAGGUUUCGGCUCGGAUUUGUCGGCUCCCUGAGCGAGGGGUGAUGUUGGAAGCGAGGUAUGGUGCGGGGGAGUUAUUGUUGUUUGGGGUAUUGUUAUCGUCUCUGUUGGCGCCGGCCAGCAUAGGAAGAGGGCCCUGUGGCUUUCUGUUCAUGGGCGAGCCGACAGGAGAGCCCUUUGCAGCAACCUUUGGUGUGAGCGGGUUGCGGUUGAUGGCUCGUGAUGCGGCCACGCCUGGAGGCGGCGGGCGGCCUCGUUCAGCGACGGGCAUGGCGGUUGCAAGGUAUAAGCGCUCGGGUGAUGAUGAGCGCGUGUCGAGGUUAGCGAGCAGUCAUUUUGGCUGCGAUCCGUGGCGAGUUCGCAGCGAGAAUUGGGCAGAACGCGAGGGGCGGUGACGCUGGUUGCAACGGGAGACGCCAGAAAGCGACGAUGGCGUGAAACGUGUUUUUGGUGGUGCCCAGCGUCGCAGAUUAUGUCAGGAGGAGCCGAGACCAAGAAUGGAGGCUGCUUGUUGACGCAGUGUUCUAUAGUGAUGCUGUAUGUGUGGUUAAGGCCAAAAAGGAUGAUAAAAACAAGCAAAAGUCAAAAUGUAAAAUAAAUAGAAACACAAUCAAAGGCAGCGCCCAGGAGUUGGGAUGGAUGUACAUCUGCAAAAUGCGGGACAUUAGGGGCAAUGGCUCUAACUUUAGCGGGC